CAGGAUUUGUGGUUCCGCACACCGCCUCGGCGUGUCCAACCUACGCCGAGCGGAAGUAUGAGCGACAACUCUGACAUCUCUAUGAAUUGCUGGGCAUUGGGCGAACUAGACGUCCUUGACUACUGCAUAUUGGAGCCAUCCGGAGCGAACGUUGACGUUUCUGCCAGAGUGAACUCUUUGCUUGCGUGCUCCUAUAUGCCUCCCAACACGAAGUGGAUACCUCCAGCAGUCGUCACUGUCGGCAAUGCAAUCUAUCUCUUCCUUAUCAACGUGGAGAAUCGACGAGACGACUUGCUUCAGUCGCUAUCAGUUGAAUUUCGUGACGUUCGCGAGCACGGCACUUGGCGACGAAGCGAUGGCAUGGACUUGCCUCCGUCAAUCCGAAAAGUGUUUCUGAAAGCUGUUGAGCGGCAAGUCGGAGAGUGGAUCGUGCAACAUUCUUCAUUCGCUUGGACACCUACUGGAACAGACCCCUUCGAUCGCAAGCCCGCUGUCUCAACGUCGAAUGAACUUUUUCUGAGUAGCGAGCCAACUUUUGAGUUCCGAACGCUGUCGUCGAACCGCAAAGACAACUGGUCUACCCUUCGGGACGACGAAGGCCAUCGCCCGUCCAUCCGAACCAAAGUUGUCUUAUCCAGGGCGGCCCAGCUGCUAGUGUUUGCUGUAGUUGCUACCAAGCACGAUUGGGCUACCAGUGACAGGUUUUCGUUCAUGCGUACGCAUGGCCUUGCGCAACUGACGAGCAGCAAGGUUGAUGUUUGGGACAUCGGGGACAACGGCAUUUUCUCCUGUGAUGUGCUGCCCCGACUUGUGGAAAAAAGCCGAUGCAAGCGACCUCGCGAAGAGAGGAGUCGAGAUGCCGAAAUUCCAGUCGACGUGAAAGAAGUCGAGGACGUCGACGACGACGACAAAGAUGACGACGACGAUGCGCCAGGACACGAUAUCCCCGAUAAAAAGAACCCCCUCCUUGGCCAAUUUGACCCCGACGAGGAAUUCCUCGUUCCAGUUGCUCCAGAGUUGCCGUCAAAGGGGCGCGACGUGUUCGUAGAGUUUCCACUCGACUGUGGAAGUGUGGGGACCCUCAAGCGCGCUCGACACGUGCAGCCCUUCCUUCGGAAAUUGAAACGAACCAAGCGAAAGAAGGACGAGGCGAAGGACAACCCGCUCGCGACGUUGGCCCGUGUCAAGGUUGUGGACCACGAGCCCAACAUCGAAAACAUGCCUAUGCCCCUCACGUCGGUGGCACCUGCGUCUCGGCCGUACGAUCUCAAUCGACAAGCGCUCGAGUGGCUCGCCAGUGACUCGCAAGCUGAGCUGUCGGCGUCGAAGAAAAGCAGCGCCGCCUGCCCGUACGACCGAGUCCUGACUGCGCAUGCGUACAAGACGACGUCGACCGUCGCUGCUGACGCGCGAUAUUUAAACUGCAAUGUGAUUCCUCCGCCAAAUAGUCGAGUCAAGGUGCAAAUGCCAGAUUUCCGAUAUGUGAAUACGGUCACAUGCGCGCCUUCCCCGUGUCUUGUCGACGACAGGUCGGACGAAGUGACUGGCCUUCAGAUGCUUGCAAAAACGUCAAUCGUGGGAUGGUGGCGCCAUGGAGAACAGGCAGACAACGGUCCCGUCGCAUCUGAACACCAAGUCCGAGUGCUCGAAGCGUUGGUGAAGCCACACUUGCAGUCGCUGAGCCAACUCUACGGAUUUGGGGCAUCGAAAUGGUUGAAUGUUCACGACUACCUCAUGCAAUCGACGACGGACCAAGGUGCUGAAAUGGAAAGUCAAGAGCUGAAAAUCCCGUCCUUUCUGGCGUCGAAGGCGGACUCCCUUGUCGCUAUGUCGCCGUCCUUGCUCCCAGAGUGGAGCCUGCGAUCUUGUAACCCUCUCAGCGGACCAAAGCCCGUGCGGUACGGGAUCAUCUGUCCCCAUACCUCAAACGACUGGGUCGCAUCGCUUGCCACUCGUUACAUGUCGUCGCUCCGGUCUUCUUACGUCAAUGCAAAUUUGGGGUCGCUGGCCGCAUGCGACCUCAGCACCCUUGAUCAUCGCGAUGCUGGGGUUGUCGACGUCGACAACGCAUUGCUCGUCAUCCACAAAUCGGACGACCCCAACAAGCCCUUCAAGACCUACAGCGAGGCCGCGUCGUGCUUUGACCGAUGGAGCCAUGCGUCUGGUGUCCGCAGCACAGUGUUUGUCGUGGCGCCAUUUGGCAGGAAGUUUUCACGCCGAUUGUCUUCUCUCUACGGUGCAUUAUCGCGACGCGGUCGUAGCGGCAGGUCCCCAUCGAACCACGUCUCGUUUCACGUUGUUUAUGUUGAAGAUUUGGUCGAAACGUGCGUCCAUGUUCAGCCAACGUACUUUCGAGAGCAGUCGUUUGCGCUGUACGACACUCUUCCGACCAGUGUCCCCACUGGCCAUUCGGAAGAUGUCUCCCUGAGCUUUCCCGCUGGGUUGGUGAAUAGAAUGUACCAGUUGGCCGACUCCACGGACACCUUUCAAGUGCUCCUGGGGUAUGCCGUUGUCAAUGGGUGGCUCGUCUCGGCCGUGACCAACUCCAGUGGUCGCACCUUGACUUCGGACGCCGUCUUUAUUGACUCGUUUGAGCUCAAACAGUCGGAUAUGGAGGUGCUCGUUGACAAUGCGCUCGCUUUCUUGUCGGUUGUGCGUGACGACGAAGACGUACCAGGAGCUUUGGUCGCUACAAAGUUAGGUGCAUUGAGCGAACAAGAAGUCGCUGCCUGGCACGACGUGUGGAAGACCAAGUCAACAUCCGCCAAAGCUGCCACGUUCGUCAAGCAAUUGGUUCUGUCGUCUGCACAAGUCGAUCGCGACAUUCGAUGGAACAACUUGCGGGACCAAACGGCAACUGCAUGUGCCGUCAAGAACGUUGGUAUUGUCCUUCCGCCAAAGCUUGAAACAAAUAGCAUGCUCAGUCUAAGCGUUCCGCAUCCGACCCAGCACACGUUGCAACUUCGAGUCGAAUCGCUGGUCGACCCGUCAACCGGCAACGUUACGGCGGGCUUUACGAUACAACUGCUCAAGUGCUUUCACGAACUGGCAUGGCUCACUGUGCACCCCACAACGAUGCACCAAAUGUCAGCACUUCCACUGCAUUUGUUCGCGGUCGAGAAAAUGAUGGCGCUUGCCGCGACUUCACCCCCGGAUGGGACUGCAAGUCAUCCAAACCCAGAGGACGCCGCGAGAGCACGAUCAUAACAUUGCUUACGAGGGCUCGCCCCGCACUGCAUUUGUACCAACCACAAUUCCAAGCUUCAGUGCUUUCAUCACGACACUGAAGUGGUGCUUCAUGAGGCGAGUCACUGAAAAGUACACCAAGAUAAUGUUAAAAAUCAAUGCGAGUUAGAGCAAGUGAGACUUGCGCAGCUCCUUGUACUUUCGGUACACGUAGAACGAGCCCGCGAGAACUCCCGACGACACUAACAGAAACGGCACUUGCCACCCGCCGGCAGCUUCAACCUUGCCGGACACCUGGCCAUGCACUUCCUUCUCCAAGUCCAACGCGGCCGAAUCGAGACGCGUGUUGACUCUGAGCUUCAUGUACGCAUCCACUCGCCUGUUCAUGUCCGCGAGCUUUUCGUGGAUCUCGAUCUCCCUCAACUUGACCUUCUGAAUAUUCUUGGUCGUGCGCUCCUUCAGUGCGACUAGCUGAUGCUCGAGGUCGACGCGCGAGUUCUCGAGCGAUUUUUCCAAAAUGAUCAGCUUGCACGAGUUGUCGCAGUGGUCGCUCUUCAAUAUACCGUGAUGCUCUUUCGAGUAGUUGUUCCAGUACACGUCCGAGUCGGCCAUUUGCAUAUGAAUAUCGUCCGCGUCGGAAAAUGCCAGGAAGCUCAGGAUGUCGUGGUUGUCAGCGAGACCACCCGUCGACCCCGUGAUACCCAGCGACACGUUCUGCAGCCAGUCCGACGGAAGCGGCAAAUCGCCUUCGUAACAUGACUUCCACUCGGCCGUCGACUUGGCGUCCACUUCCAGCUUCAAUUUGACGCCAUCCACCACGACACGCAGGCGCGACGAGCUGAAAACAGGGUCAAAGUGGGCGCUGUCUUCGUGGUAGCGAAGCGCGGCGUCGCACCCGAUCUUCGUCUCGUCUUGCAAGACUUCGGUGGUCUUCGUCCCGUCGUUGAUUUGGAUCGUCACGUCCUUGUGGCCACCCUUGUGUUCCGAAUUGACAAACGUAUCGAUGAUGAUGCCAACGCCAAAGUACUUGUCCUUGAACCCAUGGUUGUCGCCGUCUUCGUGAUGAGGUGAGUUGGUCAACCACAACCCGAUACCGUCACCAAACCACUUCUGGCCUUGGCCCGAAAUGCGAAAUUGCAGCACAGCAGAGAAUGUGUUACGUUGCAACGGCGCGUUGUUCCACACAUGGCCAUGCUUGCUUUGACGGUCGGGAGUCAAUCGGAUGAAGUUUGUGAACACUUCCGUGGAACCGCCGUUGGUCCACGUGGAGUUCACAAUGCGUUUGCCAGUCCUAUCAAUGGUUUUGAACGGAGCCGCGAACGAGUGUGCGUCCAGCUUGAUGCUGGCGCAUUCAAGGACAAAGGCAAGCAAGCACGCCAAGAUGACGUGGACUUUCAUGAGAAUUGACCUUCCUGGCGAAUUGGGUUGUGC